CACUUUUAACUAAAACAAAAUUUUUACUCCUAAUAAAAUUUUCUUUUAGAAACAAUUCUUAUUAAUUUAUCCUUUUGAAAUAUUUUUUAUCCUUCCACUAUUUCAUUUCAAAACAUCCUGUUCGACAUUUAUUGUUGUAAUAAUCUAAAGUAAUUUCAUUCAAAAAAAACAACAUAUGUUUUUGGAUAUCUAAUGUAAAAGUUUCACAUAUCAACAAACAGAUGAGUUUAUUCGUAGAAACAAAAAGUACUUCCACGCAAACAAAUACCUCGGUUUCAAAGUCAACAACGGAUUAUGGUGAAAAACUCCGUAUACCAUUAUAUUUGUGUGUACUGAGAAAAACCGAAAGAAAAGCUCGCGAUAUAUUUAUUCGUGUAUUACCAGCAGAUCAUGACGUGCUAAAUUUUUUUGAAUUCAAUACUUUGCUUCAUAAUCCGUCAUUAACGCAACAAUACAAACAUAAAUCAUGUUUUUUAGAAAAUAAUAAUGUUUUACGAGAAUAUAAAAUUCAAUUACAUCAGGAAGGAACGACUUCAUCACAAUUGAUUGUCACGACAGAUUUGAAAACUCGUGAAACGAAAGUCGUCAAAGUAAUUCCAAAAAAGAAAUUAAAAGCGUUUGCUGGCGAUGAACAUUUAUGGAAAACAUUAUGUGAGAAACUCCUUCUACUCACGCCACAACAUCCAGGUCUCAUGCACUUAACGGAUGUAAUUGAAACGCCUAAGAAUUUUUAUAUUUAUAGUGAGCGAUUGGAAGGUGGAGAAUUGUUUUCUUUUUUAUUAAAUGAAAAUGCCAUUCAAGAAGAGUUAUGUAAAUAUAUAAUACGUCAAAUUCUAGAAGCGGUAGAUUUUUUACACCGAAAUAAUCUAAUCCACCGUGAUAUAAAACCUGAAAAUAUCAUGCUACGUCACCCUAGGGUUUCUUGGGUGGAAAAAGAAACCUGUCUCUCGUCGUUAGAUUGUUACCAUGUUAUGACGCCAAAGCAGUUAGCUUUAUAUUAUGAAUUGGCUCUUAUUGAUUUUGAUACAUGCCAAAUGACAGAUAUUUCAGAUCAGGCCUACCGUGAUGUAAGCGGUGGACGUCGUCGCCUUGUAGGUACCUAUGGAUAUUUAGCUCCCGAAAUUCUUAGCGGCCACGCAUACACACGCGCGUCUGAUUUAUGGUCUGUUGGUGUUAUUCUUUACAUAUUGAUGACUGUCACGUGCUCUUUUUAUAACAUAUUUGUCUAUCCGGGCGAUGCUCUUUCUUUAACUCACAUUAACGAUUUUUCUAAAAAUUUCUUUUACUAUAACAGUCAUAUUUUUGUAAAAUUUUCUAUAUCAUUUCAUUCUUUUAACUACGUUUUAAACGUACUCCAAAUAAUUGUAAUACUCUUUCUUGUUGCUGUAAUACAGUGGUUAUAUAACGGUGUUCUACCUACCCAAAUGGAGUUGAUGGUAAAUGCCCAAAAUACUUUAGAAAUUUUUCAAAACAUGAAGACAAAAAAAAUAGAUUUUAACGCGGAAUCAUUUCGUCAAUUCCCUUUAGCUCGAGAACUGUGUAGCCAACUUCUAGAAUUUAAUCCUAAACGGCGCAUAUCGACAGCUCAAGAAGCUUUAAGACAUCCGUGGCUCUUUCCUCUAAGUCCGCAUGCAAUUACACGGGAGUUAUAACAAAGAGUCUAUUGUAUACGGGUAGGAAAUUGUUAACAGAUCGUGUCGUGGUUGGAAUAGGUUGUUCCGUAUGCAAUAUAUUUACGUGAAUUGUCGAGUCAACUACUAUUUGCGGCGGCGUAACUUUAAAAACAAGUUAUAUAGCAACCUUCAAAAUAAGCUAAUACGGAGAUGAAUGAUAAAAAUGUAGAAAUUAUUAAGGUCGAGAAAUGUAGUACAAACUACCUCAUGUUAGUUCACCUAUUAAAGUACAAUUUUUUUUGGCUGAUUUGAUAUAUAAACUGUCCUUAAGUAGUACUCUGUAUAAAACAAAUAACAACAUGUAACCAGUGUUUUAGCA